GCCUCGCCCGCGUCUCCGCGCCUGCCUCAGCCGCCCCGGCCGGGAAGAUGCACAAAGGCUCCAAAAAGUACUUCGGGCAGAAGUCCUUCAGCGAGGUGGCCAUGGACGAGUACCUGGGCAGCCUGGGGCUGUACCGCAAGAUGACGGCCAAGGACGCCUCCUGCCUCUUCCGAGCCGUCUCGGAGCAGCUGUUUUCAUCUCAGAUUCACCACGCAGAAGUUAGGAAAGUUUGUGUCUCGUUUAUGAGGCAGCACCAGUCGAGGUUUGAAUCCUAUGUGGAAGGUUCGUUUGAGAAAUACCUAGAACGACUAGGAGAUCCAAAGGAAAGUGCUGGCCAGCUGGAAAUAAGUGCUUUAUCAAUGAUGUACAAGCGAGACUUCAUCGUGUACCGGUACCCCGGGAAGCCGCCCACACGCGCUACAGACAAUGGCUUUGAGGACAAGAUUUUACUGUGUUGUUCCGGUAACGGCCAUUAUGACUCUGUGUAUACAAAACAAUUUCAGGAAAAUGCUGCCAUUUGCCAGGCUGUAUUAUAUGAGAUCCUCUACAAAGAUGUGUUUGGCAUGGAUGAGGAAGAAUUAAGGUCUGCAGUUGAGGUGUUUCGAAGUGGAUCCAAGAAGAACAGAAACAGUGCUCCCGUAGGAAGUGAGGAUGCAAACUUUGGUUGUCUCCAUGAAAAAGUGCCCCGAAAUCCAUCAGAAAAGAGACUGGACGACUGGGAAGGCAAUGAUACUGAGAAUCCACAGGAAACCAAGUUCAAACAAGGCAUUGAAGAACAAAAGCCUCCAGAAAAUCCUCCAAAGAUGCCUGUUCCUUAUAAAGUGCUAAAGGCACUGGACUCUACCAUCUAUCGAAAUGUGGAGUUUGAUGUUUGGCUGGACAGUAGAAAAGAGCUUCAAAAAACUGACUACAUGGUGUUUGCUGGGAGACAGUACUAUUUAGGAGAUAAGUGUCAGGUGCGUCUGGAACCAGGAGAGAAGUAUUACAAUGCACACAUCCAGGAAGUUGGACAGGAUAGCAACACAUUGACUGUAUUUGUUGAGGAGCUGGCAGAAAAGCACACAGUUCCUUUGGCAAACUUAAAGCCAGUGUCACAAGUGGCUCCUGUCCUUGCUUGGAAUAUGGCUCACAACAGAAGAGGAGCUUAUCAGAAAGUAACAGGUGGACACUUCUCAGGAAUAGAAAUGGAUAUGAAAACACGGAAGAGGAUGCUCAAGAAGGUCCGUGGGAAGGAAGUGUUCAUGGCUGUGGCUUACAGCAGGGGACAGCCCGUGCUGCCACCCCGGCUGCAGCACAGUGCUCCCUCAGGGCGCUUCCCUCCCAUCCACUGCUCCCAGGGAGGAGCAGGCAUGGCACCCUACAAACCCUACCACCAGCAGAACCCUCCCAGACAGCACCGCGACUCUGGGAUGCCGAGCUCGUACAGCCGCAGCCGCCGCCCGCUGCCGUGUGUGAACAAGGAGUGCCAGUACGGCUUCGUGCCCGGGGCUGCUGAGGAGCCCCAGGGCCCAGAGGGAGCUGUGACUUUCUGUGAAAUUGAAGGAGAUGACACUGCCUUCCCUGCUCUGCCUGCGAGUUAUGAACAAAGGAGCCACAGUAGCCAUGCUCCCAUUGUCCAUGGUCCAGGGGCAUUUUGGGUAGCAAGGAGAGGUCCAAACCCUGUUCCAUCCAACAAGCAGACCCUGAGUGCCUUAGAGGAGGAGGAAGAAGCAAGUGAAAAUGGGAAAUUUCAUGAGGAAUAUAUCUAUGUAUCUCCAGAUCCCAACUGUGAAACUGCAACAGUGUUCAGUUCAGCAGAGCCUACAGCAAACUUGGAAGAAGGGCCAGUCUUGGUGUCACCUCAAGAUGAAGUGCCUUCCUACAGCUAUCCCCAGAAGGUGUUGGUGAACUCUGCAACAGUUUCCACUUCCACAGAUGUUUAUACUGCUCCAGCCACAGGUCUCUCUUCAAAUUCUGCUGCCUCCACUCCAGCCAGUGUCAUAACAGCAGCUCCCCCACAAACAGCAGUGCAGCCUGUCAUAGUAUCUCCCUUUUCUGUGGGGAGGCCAGCAGUUUCUUCAGUGCCAUUCCCAAUUUAUUCAGCUCCUCUUCCCCCAGUGAGUGAGGUGGGAGAAGCCAGUGCUGUUCUUCCAGCUUACUCUUGUGAUCCCAGCGGCAGUGAUUUGCCUCGAGAUACAAAGGUCUUGCGGUAUUAUUUUAAUAUGGGAUUGCAAUAUUGCCAUCAGAGCUGCUGGCCUUCCAUGAUGUACGUGCAGCCAGUGCUGCCUCCAUCUCCAGUGGAAGUUUACCCAGCAUAUGCUGAGCCAGCUCCUGUCCUGGAUCAGUCGGUGCCCCAACUCUUCCCUGAUGCUGGGCAAGCUGAGGUCCACCAGGUUCCCUUGGAGGCAUCAGCAAAUGGUAACUUCCAAAACACAGAGCCUCCACCCCUGUCCUAUGGGCCAGUGUAUUACCCAGUGGUGUCAGACCCCUUCAGCCAGCAGCCUCUGCCUGGCUUUGACUCUGUGGUUCCUGCCUACCGCUACAUUGGCACCUGGCAUCCCAUCAAUCCUCCCCAUGGAAAUUCCCCACCUGUGGCCAAGGCUGGGAGCUCAGGAGCACCUCCCCAGGUCGGCUACAUGGCCUCCCCUAACCCUGCACCUCCUGAUGCACCUCAGGGAAUGUAAACCUGGGAGCUGGAGGCUCCUCCUUGGCUUCUCAUUUCUUGUUUGCCAGCUCCUGUUAAUAUUGUUUUGUAAACGUUAUCCUCUCUUAGAGAGUUGAGUCAGUUGCUCAAACUGUGUUCAGAUUUCAUGUUUCUCUUUAGGUUUAUGACAAGAUGUUGCUUUAGUUGAUUAGGAAAGCAUAGGAGAAAAGUACUGUAGUGCAGGGAACAGCUUGGAUGUGAGUAGAGGAAGUAUGUGAAAAGGCAUGCUGUGACUAAAGACAUGUUGUGAGGGCUUGCACUGAACACUUAAACACCUGGUUCUUGCUGAAGCACUGAGCCACUGCCAUCACAACUCAGGUAAACACUGGGCACAGGGUCAGUAGAGGGGGACAAUAAUGUUUAAAAUAAGUUGACUUUCUCAGAUUUCUCAAGACAAAGCUGCUUUGCCUCUAGUGGUCACAUAUUUGUCAUAGAUGUAUUUCUUCUGUCUGACUUCAUGGUGCAUAGGUUUUCAUGGCUGUGGAAAGUGUAAGAAUAAUGUUUUGAUCUGUUGUAUAUUGUUGUAUAUUUGUAAGAUUUGUUUUGUGGAAGCUGUUGCACAUACGGUGGUGGCCGUGGUGGUUAAGUUGCACUGACAGCACGAAAUAAAAGCAUUGAACACCUGGAAA